AUGUCCGCCGUUCUCCUCUUUUGCACUGCCCAGGUGCCAGCGCAACUUAUCAACAAACUCAUGGAAGACUGCACCCUCCCGGAUCCCGACUUCGCAGUGAACUUCUUUAGCCUAGUCCGCAUCCCCGACCAACCCGACGUCGACGACUGGGCGACCGACCCCCCAGUCAACAAUUUCACAACCGGUUUCCUGGGCAAGAAAGACACUGAAUUGCGCCGGUUUCCCACAGAGCGCAUUCCACAGAUGGAACAUGGACAGACUGUUGACAAGAGCUGGAUUGCCGUUUUAGAUGAGCAGUCUAUGAGCACGGAGACGGCUGUUCUGCAUAACUCGUAUGCGAGGAAUCUUUGGGAUAAAGUUCGUCCGGGGGCGCACGUUCCUGCUGGUGGAGAGGUCUUUGGGGAUGGCCGGAUUUGGUGGAAAUGGCACGUUCCGUUUAAACACUCGUGGACGUUUUAUAAUAGCUUUGAAAGUGAUCCUACCGCUAUGACGUUGAACCUGUAUGCGAGGCCGGAGCUGCAUAAGGAUGAAGUGGUGGAUAUGGAUACCGUACAGAAGAUCAUGGAUGGUGAAAUGACAAUAGAGGACCUUAAUUAAGCCCGGGAUGUCAAGUAUUAAUAUCACUCUGUUCCUGUAUGCUAUACAAAGAUUUCCACCCUAGUCAAG